AUGGGCGCCGCCGCUCUUCUCGCUUGCGUGCACCCCCACUUCAUCGAGAUAGAGCACGGCUUGUCCUCCUCCUCCUCGGACCACAUCCGCGAGCUCAGCUUGCCUUUGCCCGACUGCCUGCAAACGAAGCGUUUGCCAACGAGAGCGAAGAAACCACAAUCAAAUAGGAUCUCUUGCUCGCUUGCUCUCAUUGAAUUGAUCGCUGUCCGUCGAGCAAACAUACCCAGAAUCUUCGGCUCGCUCUUUGACGCCCACAAUUGGCAAUCAAAACCCUGUCCCGACUGCUCUGAGCAACUUUGUAUAUAUCCCUUUGACUCCGCCACACUUGCUUGCGCCACCUUCUGCAUCCUUCCUUCUUUGCCUAUACCACCACCUACCUACCUCCGCCUCUCAUCUCGCCUUCCCUACGCCUGUGCCACACAGACGGCAAAAGACCACGACUCACUUCUCUACGAGAUCUUCUUUCGUCACGCUUUUCGGUACCGUAGUCAUCGCCCUCGACUACGUCAGCAGCACACCAUACCGCGGACUCAGCUUCAUUCGUCCCGAAGUUGCCACGCGCGAUCCGUCAUGAUGUCGCCAUAUGACACCCAACAUCCCUCACGCCCGGUACUGGCGAGAAAGCGCACUUCGGAGAAAACGCUUUCGGAACAGCAGCUUUUCGAUAAGGGGUCGCCUACUGACAGCCAAGAUGGCAAAGGCAAGACAAGGGCACGCAUCAACAUGGCCUGCAUUCACUGUCGACACAGAAAGAUCAAGUGUGAUGGUGCCCAGCCUGCCUGUGCCACCUGCGUGCGUCUGCGCAGGGAGUGCGAGUACGAGGCUGUGACCGAGUACGAGAAUCUCAUGUCUCGUGAGCGCAAGCGUCGCAACAAGGAGAAGAAGGCUGCGCGUGUCGCGUCACUGGGCAUCUUCGCCGGUCAGUCGCCUUUGUCCAUGUUGCAUCCUGCCACCACACUCGGCAUGCCAUCAUCAUCGCUCCACCACUACAACGACUUCACUCAUCCUGGCAUGCAGCCUCUCUUCCUCGCGACGGCGGAUCCGAGUCUGGGCGGUCAAGGCGUCGAUUCGCAAUUCGGUCCACGCCGACGUCGUGGCAUCUCCGACACACGAGCAGCCACAUUGCAGCACAGUGUCGGGUCCUUGACUUCCACGCUCCCUGAUCCGGCCUUUCAGCAAGCGUCUGUCUCGCAACCUCCCACGCCUUCACAAGCUUAUCGUUUCUACCCUUCGGUGGCGGCUUCUCCGGUGCAGCCCCACGUGUUUGUGCCAGCCCCCACCGACUAUGUAGGACCCCUAUCAGCACCUCUGAUGCCGCUCCCCGGCUCAGCACCUUUCUUCGGUCUUGCAACGCCGGGAGCCUCCACUGACCCUUCCGAGCACGAACAGAUGAUGGCGUCACAUCAGAUCCUCGAUCUCAUGGGCCUGAGCACAUCUGUCUCGAUGCCCGUUGCUCCCUCUGGCCGUGCAAGUGCCACCGAGGCAGACUUUGACCUGGGCAUGGUCGACAUGCUGGGUGUCCCCACCGUAGUUCCGACGUCGGCACACGUCCGACCCAUCGACCUUCCCGCACCUCACGGGCACUUUGACUUUGCCAGCAUUCCCUUCCCCACGCUCGAUACGUUCUCGUUGGAACUGCCAGUUGCCUCAUUGCGAAGACGUAGCUCGAUUCAUCUCCCUGUAGGGACCGCUGAUGCUUUCAGGAGACCCUCGGUGGCAGAGGUCGCUGCGGCUUCGCUCAUCCAGAAGGUUGCCGACAAACGAGCGGAGAAGGCCAAGCUGGACACCAAGCAGCUCGCCGAGGAGCUUCUCGUGCCAGACACCACAGGCAUUCUGGCAUGGAACGCGCACGUCCAGUCGCAAUUGCCCGCCUCGAUGGCUUCGUGGAGCGGCUUCCAUCCCGCAAGCGACAUGGCCCCUUCGCAGCCUGCAAGCACCUCUGACUACGCGCCGCCCAACGUGCCAACCACACCCUCCAACUCGGACGGUCUCCUUUCGCUUGGUCCUUUGUCACCACCUCCCGCACUGACCACCGGUCUCGUUGGCAGCAAAGCUGAGCCAGGAACCGAAGAAGUCAGCGCGGCCUCGUCUUGCAGCAACACUGAUACCGCAUCGCUCAGAACCGAAGUUCCCUCCUUGGAACACUCGUACUUUGCGUCCGCGAUCAAAGGCGGCAAAACGUCUCGAGAGAUUUCACCCUUUGCGCUCUCGCCUGUCUCGGCGAACAGCAGCAGUGGCAAUCAAAGCUCUCACUUGUCGCAAGAAGCUUGGUCUUCCACUCUGCCGCUGCUCUCUCCCGUCACAGAGCUCAACAACACCUUCAACAGCUUCAACGUCUUCUCGACCAGCAACACGAGCUCCAACAACGUCUACCCACAUCAGGUCAAGGACGAAGUCGACGGCUCCCUUUCCAUGGCCUUCAACUCCCCCCUCUAA